AUGAUACAGGCAUCAAAACGAGAAGUCCGGAAAGGAGUUGCUCUGACCGACCCCAAGGCCAUUCUGCUCUCUAUCUCUAUCGUCGCUGCUGCAAUUCCGAACGGCAUAGUCAACUCGUCCGGCAUUGUGAUCAUUCGAGAGAUGAGUUUCUCAACGACAAAGAUCAAUGAGCUCGAAAUCGUUAGCGAUGCCGUGCAAAUUGUGACAAUACUCGUUGGCGGCAACGUCACAUAG